AUGUACAUUUGUUUCUUUUGGGUAUUGAUUUUGAACGAAACACUUUUCAUACUUGUAGGUGUCAUUAUUAAACGUAGUAGCUCAUUGGAUAAAGAAGAAUUUAUCAAAGGCAAAGAAGUAGUACUAUCAGCUGGUACGGUUGGAAGUGCUCAAAUACUUCUUCUCUCUGGUAUUGGUCCUCGAGUAGAAUUAGAGAAACAUCAAAUACCAGUGAUUGCUGAUUUACCUGGUGUUGGUAAAAAUUUACAAGAUCAUCUUAUGACUGUUCUAGUCUAUCAGACUCGAAUACCAACACUUUCAGUUCACGAUCUAACACCCGAAAACUUACAAAAAUGGGCAAUUCAAGGAAAAGGUCCCUUAACAUCAUGUGUUCUGGAAUCACAAUGGUGGUGUCAAUUAGAUGGAAAUGAUAAGACACAAGUACCUGAUAUUCAAAUGCAUUUUGUACCGGUUACAGUUGACGCUGAACUUUUUAAGAACGUAAACUUUAAACCGGAAGUUUUUGAGCAAUAUUUGAAACCACAUCUAAUAGAUGAAUCCAAAUGGACUGUUAUAUGCUUACCUACAAUUCUGCAUCCAAAAUCCAAGGGUGAAAUUACACUUGCAAGUCGUGAUCCUCUUAUACAUCCAAUUAUCAAUCCAAAUUAUUUAGAAGACAAACAAGAUGUUCGUAAACUGAUUGAGGCAUGCAAGCUGGUUGAAAAAAUUAGUAAAAGUGAACCGCUGAACAGUAUACUCAACUCAAUGGCGAAAGAAAUGAACGGAGACGAAGCAAUAGAAAAUGAAGAUCAAUUUUGGGAAUCGUUUAUUCGAAAAUAUAGUGUUACAGUCUAUCAUCCAGUUGGUACGUGUAAAAUGGGAAAAGAAGAAGAUCCAAUGGCAGUUGUAACGUCUGAUACAAGAGUAAAAGGCGUGAGAGGUCUACGUGUCGUUGAUGCAAGUAUUAUGCCAAGUCUUGUUUCGGGCAAUACAAAUAUUCCAACAGUUGCAAUAGCAGAGAGAGCAGCAGAUUUAAUUAAGAACACUUAUUGA